UCCCCGGACUCCCAGAGCGUCGCGGACGUUCCGUCGGGCGCGGUGCGGCCGGUGGUCCCCCCGGGUCAGCGCUAAGAGGAACCGGCGACGACUCACCUGGGACGUAGCGGUUCCGCCGCAGCCGCCGCUGGAAGACGCGCGGCCGCCGUUACUGUGGCAACAACCCAGGCGACGCUGCGCGGGGUGAGAGGUGAAGGGUCAGGGCGGGGUCGACGGAGCUCGGGCUCAGAGCGGCGGCAACAUGGCGUCUACGGCGGCUGGGAAGCAGCGAAUCCCCAAAGUGGCGAAGGUGAAAAACAAAGCGCCAGCAGAAGUACAGAUCACAGCAGAACAGCUGUUAAGAGAAGCAAAGGAAAGAGAACUUGAACUUCUUCCACCACCUCCGCAACAAAAGAUCACAGAUGAAGAAGAGCUAAAUGACUACAAGCUUCGAAAACGGAAGACCUUUGAAGAUAAUAUAAGAAAAAACAGGACUGUUAUCAGUAACUGGAUAAAGUACGCACAAUGGGAGGAAAGCCUAAAAGAAAUACAAAGAGCUCGUUCCAUCUACGAGCGUGCUUUAGACGUGGACUACAGAAAUGUCACCCUCUGGCUGAAGUAUGCAGAAAUGGAAAUGAAGAACCGCCAGGUUAACCAUGCCCGCAAUAUCUGGGAUCGAGCCAUCACUACCCUCCCCAGGGUCAACCAGUUCUGGUACAAGUAUACUUACAUGGAAGAGAUGUUGGGGAACGUUGCUGGAGCACGUCAGGUGUUUGAACGCUGGAUGGAGUGGCAACCGGAGGAACAAGCUUGGCAUUCCUACAUUAAUUUUGAACUGAGAUACAAGGAGGUGGAGAGGGCACGCACUAUUUAUGAGAGAUUUGUCAUUGUGCAUCCUGAUGUUAAGAAUUGGAUCAAGUACGCCCGCUUUGAAGAGAAACACAGUUACUUUGCCCAUGCAAGAAAAGUAUAUGAGAGAGCAGUAGAGUUCUUUGGAGAAGAACAUAUGAAUGAGCAUUUGUUUGUGGCCUUUGCAAAAUUUGAGGAGAACCAGAAAGAAUUUGAGAGGGUGAGAGUGAUCUACAAAUAUGCCCUGGAUAGAAUUCCAAAACAGGAGGCCCAAGAACUCUUCAAAAAUUACACUGUCUUUGAAAAGAAGUUUGGAGACAGAAGAGGCAUUGAAGACAUUAUUGUCAGCAAAAGGAGAUUCCAGUACGAAGAGGAAGUGAAGGCUAAUCCCCACAAUUACGAUGCAUGGUUUGAUUACUUGCGGUUGGUUGAAAGUGAUGCAGAUCCUGAUACCGUACGUGAAGUUUAUGAAAGAGCCAUUGCCAACGUUCCACCAAUUCAAGAGAAGAGACAUUGGAAGAGAUACAUAUAUCUCUGGAUCAACUAUGCAUUGUAUGAAGAACUGGAGGCAAAGGAUCCAGAACGAACCAGACAGGUAUAUCAAGCAUGUGUGGAACUGAUUCCCCACAAAAAGUUUACAUUUGCCAAAAUGUGGCUGUUGUAUGCUCAGUUUGAAAUAAGACAGAAAAAUCUUCCAUUUGCCAGAAGAGCUUUGGGAACGUCCAUAGGAAAAUGCCCAAAGAACAAACUAUUUAAAGGCUACAUUGAACUGGAGCUACAACUGCGGGAGUUCGAUCGCUGCCGGAAACUGUAUGAAAAAUUCCUGGAGUUUACACCUGAAAACUGCACGUCAUGGAUUAAAUUUGCUGAGUUAGAAACCAUUCUUGGUGAUACUGACAGAGCCCGGGCAAUAUACGAAUUGGCUAUUGGUCAACCUCGGUUAGACAUGCCAGAGGUUCUUUGGAAAUCCUACAUUGACUUUGAAAUUGAGCAAGAAGAGUAUGAGAAAACAAGAAACCUUUACCGCAGAUUGCUUCAGCGGACACAGCAUGUCAAGGUAUGGAUCAGUUUUGCUCAGUUUGAACUUUCUGCGGGAAAAGAGGAGAGCUUGCUAAGAUGCAGACAGGUAUACGAAGAGGCUAAUAAAACAAUGCGAAACUGCGAAGAGAAGGAGGAGAGACUCAUGCUUCUGGAAUCCUGGAGAAACUUUGAAGAGGAGUUUGGAACAGAUUGCAAUAAAGAGAGAGUAGAUAAACUUAUGCCAGAUAAAGUCAAGAAGAGAAGAAAAUUAAAGGCUGAAGAUGGGUCCGACGCUGGCUGGGAGGAAUAUUAUGAUUAUAUCUUUCCAGAAGAUGCUGCCAACCAGCCCAACCUCAAAUUGCUUGCUAUGGCUAAACUUUGGAAGAAACAGCAACAAGAAAAUGAGGCUGAAGAGAUGGAUCCAGACAAGGACAUUGAUGAGAGCGAAUCCUAACGCUGCAUUUCUCCUCCGCUGCCCCCCUGUGCAUUUGACUUUUGUACAGUAUUUCAUCUGUGAUUGACUGAAUAAAUGUAUUUGAAUAACUUUUUAA